AUGAUACAAUAAGAGGUUUUAAAUGAAAUAUUUGUUCCCAAUCAAUUAGCUUAGGUCUUGGAAACUGUGGCUUAGAGCAACAAAAAUGGCAACUUAGAAUUAGAUUACUUUGGUGUUAAGGUGAGAGAAGGGAAGUAUGAAAAUAUAGCUACUCUCAAUAAGAAGAAAUAAUAAAAAAUAAAACAAUAGUAAUAACAAUAAUCUCAAUAAUAAGCCUAAACUUAGUAGUAGACAGCUGAUUAUGUAGAACAAGAUGAUAUCGAUGAUAAAUAUGCCAAAUAAAUUUAGUUUGAUGAUGAUGAAAAUCUGGAUAUGGAUUAAAUUUAACAACAAUAAUAAUUCCAAGAUACUCAGGCUUAUAACAUCAAUGAAAAUAUUGAAUUUUAUUUGACAUCUGAAUACAAGACUCUGAGAUUCAAUGAUAGGAAAGCACUCUCAUGUUUGGUGGGUAUCAAAGCUAAAGAAGUGCAUUAGCCUUAAGUUCCUUAAUAGAUAGAAGGAGAUGCAUAAAACCAAUUUAACAUGGAUUAAUAGCAACAUUCAAAAGUGGGAGUGGAUUUACUGUGUGUAAUUGAUAGAAGUGGCAGUAUGAGUGGAGAGAAGAUAGAGAUGGUAAAAUAAACCUUGAACAUCUUGUUAAAUUUCUUGGGACCUAAGGAUCGAUUGUGUUUAAUAUAAUUUGAUGACACUUGUUAGCGAUUGACUAAUUUGAGAAGAGUGACUGAUGAGAACAAAACGUAUUAUUCAGAUAUCAUUUCAAAAAUAUAUGCAAAUGGUGGUACAGUAAUUGGUUUAGGUACUCAAAUGGCCUUAAAACAAAUUAAAUACCGAAAGAGUGUUAAUAAUGUGACUGCAAUUUUCGUAUUGUCUGAUGGAUAGGAUGAGGCUGCAAUUUCCUCACUUUAAAAGCAACUAGCCUAUUAUAAAUAAACUCUUACAAUCCACUCCUUUGGUUUUGGUAGUGAUCAUGAUGCUAAAUUAAUGACUAAAAUCUCUAAUUUGGGUAAGGGUAGUUUCUACUUUGUUAACAAUAUAUCUCUGCUUGAUGAGUUUUUCGUUGAUGCAUUAGGUGCUCUGACUUCAAUGGUGGUAACCGAUAUUAGUAUAAAUUUGGAAAACAUAAUGCAAAAUCCUUAUGAUGCUAUAUCUUUAUCUAAAUUCUAUGGUUAAGAAAAACUGAACUAUCAGAAUAAAACUAUACAUUUGAAGAUUCCUUAUCUUGCUGAAGGAUAGAGAAGAGAUUUUGUUUUUUAACUCAACAUCCCUUAUAUCAAUAACAAUGUGCAAUCAGAAAAUGUGGUUAUGUUCAAAGCAUCAGCUCGAAUUACCAGUUCCCAAACCAGAGAGACUAUCGAGAAAUAAGCUGAAUUGGUUAUAAGAUUCGUUGAUGAAAGUUAACUUAUCAAUGAAGAAUAAGAUUAUUUUGUCACUGAAUAAGUUUUCAGAGUUGAAUCAGCUGAGGUUAUCAAGGAUGCUCUUCACAAGUGUCAAAAUAGAUAAAAUUAGUAAGCCAUAAAUUUGAUUGGCAAUCUGAUUUCUAAAGUGUAGGAAAAUCCAUAGUUGACUGAGAAAGUGAAGAACAUUGUGGCUGAUCUUGAACAAGUCAAAUAGGCAGCCAGACAAGAGUAUUUCAAUAAAUUUGGAAGUAAAUAAAUGUAUUAGAUCAUUUCAAACAAUUAUAACUAAUAAGGAAUUAAUGCAAAAUUUGAUGCCACUGGAAUUCAAUUGCAAUAGGAGGAACAAUCUUAGUUCUAAAACCAAAAAUAAAUGAUGUGGGUUAAAAAGGUCUAAUAUUAAAAAAAAUGCAAACCAUGA